AUGGCGUUCUCACGUGCGGCACGGAGCCCGCCACUGCGGCCAGAGUCGCCAAAGGCGAGAGCAUGCCGCGAGCGGCCAGGGAGCUUGUCCCCCGUUCGAUCGAGGCCCAGCGCCGCGGCGGCCUCGGCGAGAUCCAGGGCUUCGGUCGCAUCCCUGGCCUCGCGCGCAUCACAGCGGACGGUGACCGCGGCCUCCAGCCGCUUCGGCAACGAGUCUGUUGCCUCCACCCUGCUGACUCCUUCUGUCAGCUACAAAAGCAUUUCCAGGGCAUCGCUGUCCUCACAGUCUUCGGCCUCUCUAAGAGAGUCCCUCUCCAGCCUGAUCACCAAAGCGCGCGCGGUGCAUAAGCAGCUGGACGUGGAGCUUGCGUCCCUGCAGGGGGCCGCGGCGGAGGUGGACCGGCACCUCGCCGCCACUUUGCGAGAAAGGUGUGCUCCGCCUCCGCCCGCGCCGCGGGUCACCGGCGCGCCGCGGAGCCUCGCCGGCCCGCCGGCCCUGGAGGUUUCGAGCCGCGAGGCUGUCGAGGCGUCUCUUGGCUCCUUGCACGAGGCGACGGCGCAGUGCAAGAUGGUCCUCUCGCACAUGGAGUUCCUACUAGAUGCUUCCACACAGGCUUUGGCCCUCCAAGAGCCCUCGCUGCGGAACGACCGACGGCCGCAGUCCGCACCGAGCCACGCAUUGCAGCUGCAGAAGCAGUUGGCUGCCAAAGUGCAGGAGGCACGCAUCCUGGUCCGCGACUCCGCGGCCCUUGCGAUGCAAUGCCUCCGAAGCCACGGGGGCCGGGGAGGCUACGCAGCCUCGGCACCGGUGCCACCACAGCCAGAGACGCCGCAGCCGGAGCUCCCAAAGCAGCCGGAGCCACCUGUGGCGGAGCCGCCACAGCCGGAGCCGCCACAGACAGAGAUGCUGCAGGCGAAACCGGCAGCAGCGGCGUCCAGGGCGGACAUGCCGAUGGCCACGGUGCUGGAGUGCAAGGUGCAGGAUACGCCGAGUGCCGACCGCGAUGCUGAGCCUCCCAGGACGACGACGAACUGCAAGCCGGCCCUCGAACAGGAGAAGCCUUUCUGGUCGCAGUUGGGCGGCGUCCACUGGGACGAGGUGGAGGUUCUUGCGGCGCAGUGGUCACCCUGA